UUUAACUUACGCUAUUUUAUAUUACCUUUAAUCUAAUUUAGCUUAUUAUCUUUGAAUAUGUUAAUCAGUGGCGGGUCCAUGAUUUUGAAAAGGGUGGAUCACAAAUGUUUGAAAAGGGCAUGUUUGAGUUUGUCGAAGGAUUGCGAAGCAUGACUUCCCCUCUUGAACAAAACGCAAUGGAUCUGCAGCCAAAGAUAGAGCGAAGAAACUGAACAGGACAAUAAUGCCACCAGUUGCCAUGGGAACGGCGUCACUACAGAAGAUGGACGUCGUCGUCGGUCCAGAUAUUUGGUUGUCAACGCGCGUCAUCGUGAUGCGUGACCCCAUGCCACGACCGCCAGCCCGUUCCACGACGCGGUCUAGCUUACUAUUGUCGUAAAUUACUGUGACAAUUUACAAUAGGUACGAGGCAGUACUCACGUAGAUGUCAAAUGGCAGUUAGAUCAUGAGAUUUGAUCAUUUUAGGCUACAAUGCCUAAACUUUCAAUGGACUAUCUGCGGGGGAUACAUCGUAAGAGUGUGGGGUGGUUAGAGUCGAUAUCAGGAAAUAUUGACUGGAAGAAAUCUAAAUACAGAGAUCCAAAUAACAAACACCGACUGAAGCUCCAAGAGCUGGAGAGAGACUUGAAUGAAAUCAUCCCACAGUGUUUGAAAGACGACAAGGUUCCUCCACAGUUUGUGGACGAAGUAAAAGCUUUCCACUCGUAUUUCUACAAAGGCAAAAGCGACGAAUUAUAUGAGAUCCUUAUGAACGAAAUAUCUUGCCGCAAAAUGUACGAACUUUUCCAGAAAAUUGUGGAUCUCAAUAAAUCUCUUAGAGUGGAUUUCAAAGAGAAAAUCAGCAAGCGAAUAAACGCUGCUGAUCCAAGUCUAGUAAAACCAAUUCAGCAAAUAAUUUCGAACAACGUGUGUCCGAACGUGUCGACAGAAAACGGAAUUGAUACUGAAAAAGAUAUCACAGUAGUUGACAAGGAGACAUUUUCACACAUCCAGAAAGGUCAAUCACACCACAUAUACGACCAAAGCAUCACUGACCAACUUGGUGUACAAAAAUCGGAAAGAAAUGCCUCAAAACAAAUUAACAAAUUGAACAUUCCACAUUUUUUAAAAUUCGAUAAUAUUCCAAAUAGUGACUUGCGUGGUAUGGCAGAGUUUGAUGUCUACACUAAUAGCAGUAAACAUUUAGAAAAUUUAGAAAAGAAAACGGAAGACCCAGGUACACGAAAUAGUUGUGAACAAAUUGUCCACGACAAUGAUGGCUUUUCUGGAACGAAAAAGAUACGGCUAAUUCAAAACCAUGACAGUGAUCCAUCUGCUGUGAAUACAAUCAAGGAAACAAGCGCCGGUUGUCGUUGUCCAUUUGACACUAGUUCUCAUACACCAACGCAGGAAGAUGCUCAACGAAACAAACAGCAAAUUGAAACAAUUGAAAGUAAUAUACGCACGCACACUGCAAUACCACCAACAUUGUCAGCAUAUCAAAGAAGACGCCCACAGCGACAACAAGUAGAUGUUGUGGUUGGUACAGAUUUAGACCGAGCUUAUAUGACAUCAGAUUUAAGAUCAUCGUUUUCUUUGAAAUCGUCAAGUCCAUCAACUAAAACAAGAGUAGCACGGCCCAGGCCUUACACAAAACCCGUCUGCAAACGUCCAGACAUGCUGAGUUCCGAUCGUUGUCAUAAGACUGUGGACAAUAAUUGUUACACCAUUUCAGAUCCAGUACUAGCAGACCACUGGGUGGACAGUCAAGCCAGGCUACCAAACGACCAUCAUGACGUAGCGGUUCCAACAUCGGUUGUAAUGAAUGAUUCGUGUGCAGUCAAUAUGGAAGGAAGUGAGACAUCUCCACCUCAAGGAAACUCAUACAUGGGUGCUUCGUCAUCAGAGCGUGUGGACAAUGUCGAUGUCGUCGAUUCAUUUGUUUUCAAUAGACAAAGCUCUACCGAUUCGGCAAUUAGUUAUAUUGGAACUUUACCAGCAGAAGACACAAGUGAGGACGAUCCGAAUAAAAUUCUGAUGGACUUGAGAAUGAACCAGUUGAAUUGUUUGAUGAACAUAAUGAAAUGCCACCGUAGUCAUUGAAAAUAUGUCAUAAAUGUACAUAGUGCUGACAAAAGGUCCUAGACAAUGCCAUUAUUAAUAAACGGAAUUGGAAUUUGGAUUAAAUGUCUGACUAAUUUGGGUUAAGUGUCUUUAA